AAUUUUUCUUGUCGAGUAAAGGUGUUCAUCAGUUGAAAGUGAAAAGUUGUGAAAAGAGGUUCUCUAAUAUCAUAAACAAAAUUCAGCAAACUUUUGAGUCUUCACCAACGACGAUUCUCUGCGCACAAUUCGUAUAUAAUAUCAUCCGUGCACGAAUUCCAUUGCCAGAAUCACUUCAAGCACCCAUGGCCCACCAGAUGCGCAAUCCGCCGGAGCGCCACUUUGGCCACCGCUGCGAGAACUGCAAGAUAUCCGAUUUCCAGGGCCGCCGCUACACCUGCAGGUUCUGCGCGGAAUACACUUUGUGCGGCAAGUGCUUCGAUGCCAACCAUCUGCCGGCAUCGCCUCAGCAUCGCUACUACCAUCCGAUGAGUGUGUACUAUGCCUAUGCCGAGUACCAGCUGUACUUCGGCGGCGAGCCAUUCUGCGGUGAUCACAAAGUGGCCCAGAGCUACAAAUGUGCCCUGUGCGAUGUUCGCGGCCUUUCUACCGCCCAUUUGUUCAUGCACCUGCUGCAGGAGCAUCGCGACCACCGUGACCACGAUGCCUACUUGUCGUUGGUCAAUACUCUCUAUAUAGCGGACAACGGAAUGGAGCAACAGGUGCCAGUACCGCAACCUUCUAGCCAAACGCGCUCGACUCGUUCUCGCAAUUUAGCAAGCGUUCGACCGGUAGCCGGUGGCAACACGCGAAGCGAACAGCGGACCGAGCAGGUAUUUGAUUCCGCAUUAAGCCUGGCCCUAAUGGUUGUGCAGCUGGACAAUAUGGAUUCAACUGCCGCCGACUUUCCUGAACGCUGCUAUGAGAUACUGCAGCAGACUGAAACUGUGCUUAUGCAGCACAGAAGUUCCAGAGUGCCGGACAUGGAGGCGAUUGAGUCUUUUGUGCGCGUCAUCGAAGAUCAGGUUGUGACUAGCAUGGCCGAUCGUCGUCAGCGUCUGGGCGCCUCAUCAUCCUCACUACAUCGGCUGACCCGCAUUGAGGCAAUCUCUCCUGGUACUAAUACAGCGUUAGCUAUGGGUAUGCGUGCUGCCAUGCCCGUUUUGGUUGACCAGCCGACAACAAUGGUGCGCAGGCAGACGGCUAGGCGUACUGGAGAGCCUAUCGGGAUAGCCCUUCAAUCGGCGGUGGCUUCGUCUUCUAGGAGCGGAAAAGCGGGGUCCAGCUCUGGGGUAGCCAAGGCACAAACGAAGACGCAAGGAGAUCAGCCCACCAAGAAGGUGUCAACUGUCAUUACUUCCCCACUCAAGGAUAAGCGCUUUUUGUGCUCGAAAUUGGUGAGCGGAAAUGGCCAAAAGUGGGAAAGCAAAUUGCUCAAAGCUACCUUUACCGAGGCAAUGUUCUGUUCGAUGUUGGCAGACGAAGAGCUGUUCCAGCCGCCAAUUGGACUGCCCUGGACUGCGAAUUUCAUGUUGGACGCAGUCGAGCCAUCAGGCAGUGUAAAAUCAAAUGGGAAACUAUUGCUGUAUCCUGUUAAGACCAAGGAAUUGAUGGAACGCUUCUACAGGGGUCUCGCCGAGUACAAAACUUGGAUUGGUUAUCAGACCGAACCAACUGCCGAAAGCAAGGCAACUGAACUCCCAUCCGCUUCCACCAGCUCGGCUUAUUUCACAGUUUUGGGCGAUAUCCCAUAUGCGGAUUCCGGAUCGGAUGAUUUGGAAAGUAAUGCAUCAGAAGAAAUGGCCAGCGAUUUGCAUGGCGAAGGAAACAGCGAUGAUUUAGCCGGAUUGGAGGAGGACAAGGAAAGCGGCGAGGAAGAAAACGGUGAUGAGGACGAUGGAGCUUCGGAUUCCGAUUUCUCUGAGUCAGCCAUUUCUCAAAUCACCGACUUCAUAGAUAUGGUCAUCCAGGACGAAUAGGCGGGGCACCCAGCAUUUGUAGGAAAUAAGCCUCGGUAUUUUCAUAAUUACAUAUGCAUAUGUAGUAUUUUGAAAUAAACAUUUCUAAAAG